AAAUAUUCUCAGCGUAAAGCCUUUAAAAUGUGACGGUCUGCUGCGAGAAUCACGGUUUAUUUGAUUUUAUGCAGACAAAUUAAUUCAUAGCUCAGUGGAAAAGAUAGAUAGACAGAUACUUUAUUGAUCCUGAGGCAAAUUCAAGAAAAUAGUCGAAAAUAAUCACCGUUAUGUGAGCGGGAAUUAAGUACACGUUAACGAGUCGUCCUAGCUGGAAACACCCGCCAUGCCAGGCCAAAUGUUCAGCCUCCGUUUAGUCUUUUUAUAGGUUUGUGUCUCAUGAUCUGCCGUCUUCAUGCUUUGGAUGAUGGCUGGGGUGGGGGAGGCCUGGCACCUGUAACUCUACACCGGAGUCACUGUGUGACAGACUCGCACCGCGUUCUGACUUACUUAGCCAGGCGAUGGACUCCAUACGAGCUGAGGAAACGAGAUGGUGUCAGGCAGUCUUGACACCUUUGAGGUUUCUGAGAUAUGAGGCCGACUCCUAAAGCUCAGCUUCUACUUUGGGGACAGAAAACGGUGACAUGGCGGUGAGAGCUAAACGACCGUGUGUAAUGUUAGCCGCCUUAUGAAUGGCAGGGACGCCAGUGAGUGGAUCAGAUCGUUUCCAAGUGUAUGAGGCAGCUGACUCGUGGAGCAGGAAGGCAGCAGAGCAGUGGAGGAUCUGAGUGUCCUGCAGCAGGUCAGCUCAGCCCGGGUUUCACCUGAUGAUGAACUUCCAGCCGCCGUCCGCUCCCAACCAGCCGCCGGGAGCAGUUAACCACACUCCCCCCGGCAGGAGAUCAAGAGUCAACGUGAAGAAAUCGACUCCAAGUUCCUGGGCCGAGGAGACCCGAGGAAGGAGAAGCAGUGGCGGGCACAAGCGCUCAGCGUCAUGGGGCAGCGCAGAGCACCUGAGGGAGGUGGCCAAGCUGAGGCACCAGCUGCAGAAACGCUCCCGUCAUGCUCCUCCCUCGGCAGGAUAUGAGCUGCCCCACCCCCCGCUGCCAGCGGGUCAUGCAGCAGGCAUCACUCAGACGAUGCCCCUGAUUCCGCUGAACAGACUCGCCCCUCGGCUGCGACGCAGCGUCGAAGGUCUGAACCUGGAGCUGGAAGAGGUGUUUGUUUCGGAGAAACCUGACGAGCAGCACGAGAUUUUGGAUAUCCCAGAUGGCCACAGGGCACCUGUCCCGGUCCAGAGAUGCAGCAGUGGCUCUCAGAGCGAGUCCUCCCCGGGCCCCCUGGAUCCUUCCCUCCUCUCUCCCUCUCAGUCCCCCUGUCCUCUAGAUCCAUCGCUUCUGUCGCCUUCAAGUUCCCCUUGUCCACUGAACCCAUCUCUUUUGUGCCCAUCACAGUCUCCGUGUGCCAUGGGAGAGCCGGAGCCGGUGGAGACCCUGUGUCCCUCCCCGUCAACAUUGCUCCCUUCAUUUGCAUUGGAUCCUCCUUUGUUGCAGUCCUGUUCCUCCUCUCCACGUCCCAACAAAACCUGCUCCUUCCAGCGUGAGCCACCAGAGGGCUGCGAGAGAGUUCGAGUAUGCGAGGAGACAUUGUCUGCCUGUCAGGAUGAGCCUCUGCUCCAGCCAUCCUGCCCUGACCCCAAUAAAGUCAACUUUACCCCCCAUGGAGGCUCCGCUUUCUGCCCCGUCAGUCUUCUGAAGCCCCUGCUGCCCUCCAUGGACCUCCUCUUCCGCGGCCUGUCAGUCUCUCCGGUCACUGGCUGCCCAGGUCAGGCCUCUCCCACCAGGCACCUGGGGAUGCAGUAGGUGGAUGCCGGCGUCUGAGCAGAGCCUCUCAGGACUAAACCACACUGCACUGCCUGGACCUGCAGAACCUCAGUAUGUUUUAUAUGCAGGGUGUGAACAGAUAGCUGUGGUUGCUGACUCAUCACUGCUGUAAUGUGCUGUGAUCAAACAAAGAGACUUUGUGACUGUAAGCAAUUCAUCAUACUCUACAUUAAUCAUUUUACUGAUUAUUUCCACCUACAGGAUGCUUGGAUUGAGCUGAUAUUUACCUCAUCAGCACUUAAAUUGUCCCACUGUCCCCCCCGUAGGGGUGUUUGAUUAGACUACAGGAGUGGAUUUCUGGAAGUGUUGGAAAAUGCUGGUAAAGUUUGAUGGUUGUGACUGAGUUUUUGACAUUGCUUUUUGAUAAAACUGAUUGUUGUUUUAGUUAUGCACCAGCAUUUGAGACAAAGACUGCAGUCUGUGAGUUUCUUUUUUUUUUUAAAUUCACCUAAGUGUCAAAAUGAGUGAAUUCAGAGGCAAAACCCGAGCACUUACAACACUUGAGUAUUACUUUCUUACCUUUACUAUUGAUUCGUUUCCUAGUAAAGCGUUGUUAAGUUUAGAUGAACCGUCAGCUUCUUAAUUUGAGAGCCUUCAUUGAUGAACAACAUACUUGAUGGGUUUAUUUCUGACAUUUCUUAAAAUCUGUUGGUUGAAGAGAAAUAUUUUUGGCCUAUAGUUUAUGGUGGCCUACUUUUCUACAGAUGUAUUUCUAGGAAGAUAUAUAUUUUUGUAUCUUUUUGAGGAGUUAUAAUGCUAGUGAUACUGCUUUUGUACUCACUGAAGAAAUCGACUUGUAUUUCUGUUCAUACUUUGGUGAUAUAUAAGCCAGAAUGGAUGUGUUUUUUAGCUUUACUUGCCCACAGCAGGCAUUGUUCUAACCAAACUGUUUGAGAAUUUGAGUUUUUGUUGAAUCUGAGCCUCUUUGGACAAAUAGGUUGUGGCCAUAAAGUGUUAAUGUUUGAAUAUUCACUUAUUCCUUGGGCAUGAGUUCAUGUUCAGAAGGAUGAAACACUGUAUAAGCGUGACCCUAUGCAACACCGAUUUUAAAAAACAAAAAAACAAAAACAAAAACAUGCCCUGUAGUGAAAAUAAAUGAGUAAUAGUGGAUAGGUACUAUUUUUCACCCAGUGUUUUUCAGCACCCUUUUCAUACUUUUUAGGAUGAUAACAGUCAGAAAUGUUUGGUGUGCUGUUGCCAUUGUGAAGAAAAUAAAUGAACAACAUUUUCUGGGCGUUUAAAUGCGUUCAA